AUGUCCAGCUGUCAAUCAUUUACGCAGUUUGCUGGCAUCAAGUAUUGCUUUAAAAGCAUUUGCAAUGCCCCCCCUGCCACUCGGCAGCAUUGCAUUUGUUAUGCCCUUGUUAUCCUUGAUCCUAUUUGCGCUUUUCUUAUUUUUCUUUUCCAUUUUCUUGUGUUUUUUUUUGUUGUAUUCCUGCAGCGCUCAAGUGGAAGUGGCCAUACAAUACGAAUGUGCCAUGUGCAUAGGUGUGAAGGUUGCCGCGGGCGAGCAGCUGCAACAUCGGUACAUAAAAGGCUAAUGCCCCAGGAAAAGUGGAGGCCGUGCUGCCAUCGAAGUGCCCUGGGUGGCUUAGAGGUGCAACAGCUUGCCAACUGCAUUACCAUGCGACAAUCUGUUCCCAUUUAA